AUGGCAUUAACAGAGGCACUGGAAAAUGUCGACGAUGAAGGAAAGGAAGAAGAAAUUGGCCAAACAGACAUGGAGGAAACUCCAACUCUGUCACUCCAACAGCAACAACAAGAACAGCAAUCAAAGGACGCGUUGCCCCCUACCCUGACUACCUUGAAGCCGUUACCAAUGAAGGAUCUUCCAAGGGCAAAUUUCAGUUUUACUUCAGCUGCCAAGAACAUGUCUCAUGACAAUCACGAUUCAGAUGAUGACAUUUCCGUCUUUACCGAAGUCACGAUUGAAGAAAUUGUCCAAUCGGUCGCUCCAUCAUCCGAUGCAGGGUCUUCGGGCAAUGCGUUCAAGGACCAAAUGCGAAAUUCGUUCUUGGCUUUUGAACAACUGGUACAUGCCAAACACCAAAUUGAUGACGAUGAAUAUGAUGAAGAGACAGUAUUUGAAGAAUAUUCCAUUGUUCAUGAUGACAGCAAGACGGUCAUGACCGAAAUGACCACGGAGGAGUUGAUUGAGUCAGUCGUUAUUCGUAGUAGAAGUACCAAUGACAACGCUGUUGUUGGGACUACGACGACUACUCCUGCAGAAGCCCCACAAGAUUCUUUGGAAAACUUCCACACAGAGAUGAGAAAGAGCUUUGCAGCAUUUGAAGCGUUACUAGGUGACGACGAGUUUGACGAGCCAGAAACAAAGGAUGAUGGGGAAUCUUGCGAAGAAAGCUUUGAUGAAUUUACCGUCGAGGAGUCAAUCGCCGCAACAAAUGGACCACGGCAGCAAGACGACGAUACUGGUUAUGACGACGUCACGGUCGCAGAGUCCAUCAUUGCCGAGCUAGCGGGGGUCGUCCACGUUGACAAGCCUGCUAAAAGCACCACCCAAUCCUCUGGAAGAGUGGAAACGGCCGACAAGGAACAGCGCAAGGAGGAAAAGAUAAGACAGUUCCAAAAUGAAAUGAAAAAGAGUUUCACGGCCUUCGAAUCGCUUAUUCUUAAGAAAUCAGAAAAGGAAGAAGAGGAUGACGAUGCUGAUAGCUGCGUUUCUGAUGAGUACACGGUAGAAGAAAUUGUAGACCAAGUGACAGCUGGAGACGAUUCAAAGCUUUUUGCCAAGGAAAUGCAGAAAAGUUUCUUGGCGUUUGAAUCGCUACUGAAGCAUAGUAACAACGAUCUUUCCAAAGAAGAAGAAAGUGUAUGGGACGAAGAAACCGUUCAGGAAACGGUUCAAGGGUCGGCAGCAGAGCAUCCACCAACACCUCGGAUUGUCGCAUACAAUGCUCCGUCUGCAGCUGCUACGCCGCUAUCACCGAAUCGCAGUGUGGGUAGCUCAAAGGCUUCCGAACAGUCUGGCAGGACCUACGAAGAUGCGAUUUCUCUUGUUGGCGGUGAGGGGUCCAAUCGUAGCAGUGGAGCGAAUGUUGACGACGCAAUCAUGGUUCUUGAUGCAGAUGAAGAAAAGAGUCGAAUCCAACCAGACAAGUCAUACGAAGAAUCCGGGGAAGAAAAGAAGGAUGGCGAGAGUCUAUUGCAAAACACACAACAAUUUUUGAAUGCCAUUGGGGGAAUGGUGUCAUUCGACAAAGGGGGAAGUACCGAAGACACGGAACAAGAAACUCUAUCGGGACAUAUGCGACCAGACAAUGCGGAAAAGAAGGAGGGUGCCAAGGCGAGCAGUGACCGACCAAGUUCAUUGUCGAAGAGUCCAACGAAGAAAAAGCAGGGCCCUGUACUGAUUUUGACCAAUCCAGGACCUACAACAGGUUCUCCUGCCAAGAAAUUUACUCAUCAACCAGACCUUCCAUUGGACAUUAAUCUGACGAACAGCCGAAUGUUCUCCGAAACUGGAUUGGUUCUUCCGUCUUCUGAAAAGAAGUCAAAGGCUAAGACACCGCAAAAGAACUUGCCGGUCAUGGAUGUUGAAUUCAAUCAUGGAACCUACGAGGACGACGAUGAUGAUAUGACUCAGAUUACGUUUGAUCAUACAAUACACGAAACGCCGCAGAAGCAAAGACCGCCACCUAAAGAAGACGAGGGGUCGCCAGGUCAGGAUGACGCUGGGUCAACAUGCAGCUCGCAAGCAUCCAAGGGAAUCGCGGACAUGCUCCGCAAAGACAUUUGGAGUCCCGAUCUGAAGAUCGUACAAUCUGCUUUGGAAAAGCUUGGAAUCGAGGCUGUCAAAGGGAGAUCGUAUCGCUCGCACAUUGUUAAAUUCGGAGGCUUACUUGGAAUCCUUCGGGCGAUGGACAUGAAUCCAACCCAUUCGGGGAUUCAAUUGGCAGCCUGCCAAGCACUGGAACGACUGGCGCUAGAUCCCGAGACACAAAUGUCGAUUGGAGGGGUUGGCGGCAUUCCAGUCGUGGCCACUUCCAUGCAAAACAAUGCUGGAAGUGUUGAAAUGCAACGCGCUGCCACUGCUGCUUUGGUCAACAUUAGUUGUUGUCCACAAGACAACAUUGAAGGCGUUUUGCAAUCUGUAAUUUCAUCCAUGACGAGACAUUCCAACGAUACAGAAGUCCAAGAGAAUUCGUUCAAAGUCCUGGCGAACCUAACCAUGGAUAGCCCCGAACGUUUGAAAGAACUGUCGCAUCGAGGAGGACUAGCAGCAAUGACAAUGGCGCUCCAAAAGCCAUGGAGCAUCAAGGCAGAACACCACGAAGCCAUAUCGCUACUGUCGAUGCUUCUAAGGAACCUGGCCGAAUGUAAUCAAUAA